AUGGAAAUCUUCUACACUUUAGGCUGGGACCACGAUCUUACUGUAGUCCGACUUGACCUCCUUGUUGGUUACUUCGGCUUUUGCAACUCCGUUAUUGCGAAAUGGGACUAUUGGGUCAACUUUUUCCAAAUGGCGAAACGUUACAAUGAGGGAGCCAGUAUCACACCAGAUAUGGUGAGAGACAGAGUGGUGUUCUUGCUGGAUAAUGCAGAGGGCUCAUUUGAUGGCGUUAUAUUCUGGAACACAAUUGUCAAGGAGCUCGUAGAGGGCCUGCCUUACAAACCCAACGAUAGACGGGCAUCAGUCCACCUGCGCGUUGAACACAGAGCCACUGGCCUUCAGUACAACAGGCCAGACUUUCAAGAUGCGUUAGCAAAAUUAUGUCUCCAUCAUGAACACAAUACACGCUGUCCGUUUGACGAGAAAGCCCAAAAUUACAUCUUUGAACUCACCAGGGGUUAUCCCGGUGCAGUGACUCCAGUGGCUAAUGUUAUGCUCGAGAGGUACAAAUCCAAGCUCAGUGGUCCCAGGGCGGAGCUUAUCACUUUCGAUGAUAUUGAACGAGACCUAGGCGAUGAGUCGAGCUUUCCUAGCGCCCUCAACUCGCGUCCCAUACGUCGAGGGUUACCUGUUUCGUCUUGCUUUGACAGAAGAUACCAUUAA